AGACCGCGGGUGGAGAGUUGCCCAGAGGGACGUGAGCGCACCGUGGCAGCAGUAGGUGCCCCGUGUCCCCAUUCCCGAGGCGUUGCAGUCGCUCACAGCAGCCCCAGGAGAAGGCACCCAAGCCUGCUGUGUCGCAGCCGCAGGCAGCAGUGGGCGGUGAGCCGAGAGCAGCGGCUGGGACGCGAGCAGAAAGCAGCGUCAGUGCGGGAUGGGCUGGCAGGGGGUGCCCACCGCGUCCACCCCCUGGCACGGCUUUCUUCUGCCACGUCGGAGCACAGAGCCUUUCCAACUCUCAGAUCCCCCGGCCGUGGGAUGGCAGCACCGGGGAAAAGCUCCGGCAAAAAAGAAAAAGCAAAACAAAAAAAACCGAACAGUUAACUAAGUGUUGUCGGCUUGUAAGCGGCUUCGUUUGUCGACGAUUACCAAACCGAUUACGAUCGCCUCCAACCAGGCGGUCCCUGAGUGCGUCGUCGGGCUGUGAGCGGAGGAGCGCCGGCCUCCUGUGGGGCAGCCCGUGGGAAGAUGGUCUGUGCGCAGGUGGAGACGAGCCCGAGGCGCUGCUGGCAGAAGGUGCUGUACGAGCGGCAGCCCUUCCCCGAUAACUACGUGGACCAGCGGUUCCUGGAGGAGCUGCGGAAGAACAUCCACGCCCGCCAGUACCAGUACUGGAACGUGGUCUACGAGUCGGGGGUGGUGGUGCAGCAGCUCUGCAGCGUGUGCGUCUUUGUCGUAACCUGGUGGUACAUGGACGCCGGGCUGCUGAGCCCGCAGGGGCUGUUUGGGGCAGCCCUGCUGACUUCUCUGCUUGGCUAUGUCCUCUUUGACGCUAUCGACGCCGGGGUUGGGCGGCGGGAGAGCGGGCGGACGCGGUGGGCAGACCUAAAAAGCACUCUGGUGUUCACCGCCUUCACCUACGGCUUCUCGCCGGUGCUGAAGACGCUGACGGAGUCCAUCAGCACAGACACCAUCUACGCCAUGUCGGCCUUCAUGCUCCUCGGCCACCUCAUCUUCUUCGACUACGGCGCCAACGCCGCCAUCGUGUCCAGCACGCUGUCCCUCAACAUGGCCAUCUUCGCCUCGGUGUGCCUGGCCUCCCGCCUGCCUCGCUCCCUCCACGCCUUCGUCAUGGUUACCUUCGCUAUGCAGAUCUUUGCCCUCUGGCCCAUGCUGCAGAAGAAGCUGAAGGCCCGGACGCCGUGCUGCUAUGUGGGGGUGACGGCGCUGUUUGCACUGGUGGCCCUUGUGGGGCUGGCGAGCGUCUCCAGUGUAGGGGCUGUGCUCUUUGCCUCGCUGCUGCUCUCCAUCUCCUGCCUCUGCCCUUACUGCCUCAUCCGGCUUCAGCAGCUCAAGGACAACAUCCACGGGCCGUGGGACGAGGCUGAAAUCAAGGAGGACCUCUCCAGGUUCCUCAUGUAGGCCUGGCCGGGGGAAGCGGUGCCCUCUGCUGUGAGGGGCCUUUAUGGGGCACAGCUCCAAGGGGACGCCCAACCCAAUAAAGACUCUCGCACUACA